AUGAAAAUAGUUGAAUGUGCUUAUCAAAUCGUUGAGUCCGAUUAUGGCAGCGUUCUCAUUGCUGAAUGUAGUACCAGUAAACGUGUGAUAGCAGUUUAUUUUGUGCGCGACGUUGAGGAUGACAUCAAAGAGCUUCAAGAAACAUUUCCAACAGUCAAUUUUAAAAAUGGCAUAUGUACCAACUCUGGACUAGUCGUUGACGCAAUUAAUCGACUUGAAGUGAGUUCGGAGAUACCAUUACACAUCAAAUGCGAAACGCAAUUUGGGAAGCAAGUGGUGGACGCCCUUCAAAAAAUUCCCAAAGGAGAAACACGAACAUAUUCACAGAUCGCACGAGAAUUGGGAAAUCCAAAUGCGGCUAGAGCGGUUGCUCGCGUGUGCUCAACAAACAAUAUUGCGUAUAUCAUUCCGUGCCAUCGUGUAAUCGCAUCGAAUGGUGCAAUAUCUGGAUAUCGAUGGGGAAUCGAGAAGAAACGUGAGCUUCUGAAUGCGGAAGGAGCGAUUAUUAGUUUCGCCGUAAUGUGA